AUGGUCUCUGCAUAUCGUCCGAACAAGGAAGGUACCAAUGCUAGUAGUGAUUGGAACUACCAACGGAAUUACUGGCUGAGCAGGGGGGUGACUAUGGAUCCCCGUGACAAGCUCACACUGGAUUUGGUGGACCUGAUCAAACAAUGGAAAGCGGAAGGGUGUGAGAUUCUCCUUGGGCUAGAUGCAAACAAAGAUGUCUCCUACAACUCUCCUUCUUCCUUCCGCCAAGAGAUGCGGUCUGAAGGUUUGACCGAGGCCAUCUUAAGCCAACAUCAGGGCCCUUACCCAGCGACAACCCAACGUCGGACGACGGAUACUCCCAUUGAUGGUAUAUUUGUGACCUACGGUGUCCGUGUAACUGCAGGUGAAUACUUGGACUUUCAGCAGUAUUUUAAGUCAGACCACAGGGGACUCUGGAUUGACAUUGACCUGGAAGCGACUCUUCGGGCCCCACCAGUGACCUUUCCUUCCUUCCAACCACGUCGGUUGACACUGGCUGAUGGUUGUUCUGUGGACCGCUAUAUUAAGGCUGCGGAAACGGGCUACCGGUAUUUCCGCCUUCCCCAACGCUUGACCCAAUUAGCGGAGGAUAUUUCGGUCCAGGACGGUUACCUUACGGCGAAUCAACAAGCUCGAUUCAACACCAUUCAUCGCCAGGCCUAUGAGAUCCGCCGAAAGGCUGAGCGCAACUGCCGGAAACUGUCGAUGGGUAAGGACAGGACUAGUUCACAUAAGGUCCGGCGCUUGCUGCAGAAGACAGGGUUGAGUGACGCAUGGAAAUUAUCGGAAGCUGACCUACAGGCAAAGUGGUACCUUGAACAUCUAGACUACAAAGAGGUCAAGCGGAAGCGUGCCCAUCAGUGGCGCCUGGAAUAUCUGGAGACCCGAUCGGCAGCGGUCCAGAGAGCAAAGAAGGGCAACAUCCAAGCUCGUACCAGACGGACUCAAGUCCAGCGGAUGGCACAAAAAGAAGAGAUUCGACGGCGACGGAAAGCUCAAGGCAAAGGCUGCUCUGGCGGCCUCCAGCAGAUCAAAGCGGCCCAGGUGGCACAAGAUGGUACCUCCCAUUGGGUAACAUGCCAGUCUAAACGUCUUGUGGAAGACGGCUGCAUGCACGAGAACCGGCUCCGGUAUGACCAGACCCGCUACCCCUACUCCACUCCACCCAUGACUGAACCUUUGUACUCCGACUUCAAUGGCCCCAACGCCGAAAGGAACAGCCAAGCACUGCUCCGGGGUCUCUAUGAAGGUGAGACAGCGGAUCCUUACCUGGUGUCAUUCCUGGACCAUUGCCGAAGGCCGGAGGGCUUGGAAGACCAACCACUGGAAGUGGAUCUGGAGGACCAUGUUAGCUUCUGGCGUAAGAUGGGGGAACACAAAGGUUUUGAGCCACACGGCUUGCAUAAUGGCCAUUUCAAAGCGGGAGUAGCAUCCAACUUGCUUGCCUGCUGUGACACGAUCUUUCGCUCCAUCCCUUUUGCUACAGGAUUUGUCCCAGCCCAGUGGUGCCACUUGCUCAAUUUUGCAAUUGAGAAGAAACCAGGUGAGAUUCGGGUGGACCUCAUGCGCACGAUUCAAAUGAUGAAUUCGGAGUUGCAGGCCAACAACAAGAGAGUGGGGAAAUCGGCCAUGGCCUAUGCAGAGCAGCACAACCUGAUCCCAAAGGGACAACAUGGGUCUCGCAAGCGCCACCAGGCCAUCGAUCUGGCUCUUACAAAGCGUCUCACUUGGGACCUCUUGCAUCUCCAAAGCCGCCCUGCCGGGUGGAUCUCCAACGAUGCCAAGUCCUGCUUUGACCGGAUUGUCCACUGGGUGGCAAUCAUUAGCCUCAUGCGCUUUGGGAUUCAAUGGUGUACCCUUUGCUCCAUGUUUGAUACAAUGAUGAAGUCUAAGCACCGGGUGCGUACGGGGUUUGGUGAUUCAGACCGUGUCUUUACUCCUCCAACCCUGAUUCCAUUCCAAGGAUGUGGACAAGGCAAUGGGGCAGGACCUCCUAUCUGGGUUGCAAUUAGUUCCAUUCUCUUGGGGAUGAUGAUUAGCAAAGGCUUUGGCUUUGAUUUUCUGAUGUCAAUAUCUUGGGCUCCGCUCUUGGCUGAUUGCUUUUGUUUUGUCGAUGACACUGAUGUCUGUCAAGCGGCACCGUCUCCUGACCAGUCUGGGGAAUCUAUCGUCCCAGAGGUGGCCAAAGCACUGAAAUGGUGGUCCAACGGCGUCCGCCUUACUGGUGGCGCCAUCCGACCAGAUAAAUCCUUUUGGUAUCUGAUUGACUUCAAGUGGAAUGCCCAACAAGGUGUAUGGAAAUUCCGGCGGAAGGGGGAUUUCAAAUCAUCUCUUCUUCCCACAGGAAUGUCGGAAAUUGCGGUUGAACUGGAUGAUCUGGAUGGCACUCCAGUGCAUCUACAGUGGUUGGAACUGGACGAAUCGGAGAAGACUUUGGGUAUCCUGAUGUCCCCCUGCUCCAACAGGAAAGCACAACUUGUGGUGAUGCAGGGGAAAGCAAAAGCAUGGGCGGAUCAGAUCCAACCUAGCUUCCUCCACCAAUACGAUGUCCUCCCUCUCCUUCGCACCACAAUCCAGAAGACUUUGGAGUACCCCAUGGCGCUUGCCUUGUUCUCUCCACAGGCGUGGGACCAGAUACUAUCCCCAGUGCUCAGGGCGGCACUUCCAAAGGCUGGUAUCUGCCGCAACUUUCCUCGUGCUAUGGUCUAUGCCCCCAUUGCACUCCAAGGAGUGGGUGUCCCUCAUCGGUACGGUCUCCAAGUCAUCAAGCACUUGGACAUGCUACUUUGCCACCCUGCCAAUAAGACCAAGACGGGCGCCUUCUUGGAGGCAGUCCUCCAGGCACAUCAGCUUGAAACCGGUACCUCAUACGACCUCUUCCAACAAGUCUAUGCCAACACCUCCAUCCUGGCGUCUGACACGUGGGCAAAGCGGACCUGGAGUGAACUCGACUCUCUCUCCAUCCACCUGGAGUUUGAUUCCCCCUCUCGUCAGCCACUACGCCAAGGAGACCAACUGUUAGUUGACUUGUUCAUUGAUUCUUUGGUGGACCAACUUACUCUGAAAUGGCUCAACUGGUGUUGGAUCUUCCUGCACGCAGUCACUCUUUCUGAUAUUGUGAAUGCUGAAGGGACAGCAAAUUACGUUGCAGGUAUGGAAAGGGCUAAGAGCGGACAGCUGUUCUGA